AUGGAUCCGGAUCAUCCAGAUAUCGUUGCUUAUCUUUACCCCGGCGACGAGUCUACGGUCCAGUUGCGAACUAUGAAAAUAGAGCAGAACAACUUUCGCACGAUACCCCCGCGUAAAGACAAGCGGUCCAAGGCUAAGAAUCCUGGGAGGCAGGUAACACACUGGGACGAGCUGGAUUACUUGCCCUGCCUGGCGAUAAGGUUUAGCGAUCCUCCUCGAAGUCGUGCCGGAUUGGUUUUUGGUAGAGGUGAGAACGCAGACGUAUUGCUGCCCAACGCGAAAGGUAUAAGUUUUAUUCACUUCAUGCUGACCUUCGACGAACACAAGGAACUCGUGGUCAGAGAUCUGGGCUCCAAGUUUGGAAUUCGAGUGAUUUACGACGACGAAGAGGGUGUUCGAGUGAAGAGUCGUGCCUGGAGCGCUCGGGGUCCGCCUUAUCUACGGCAGACUGUUCCUUGGGCGACCAUCAAGUUGGUCAACAAAGUCCAGUUCAGAAUAGUGGGAACAUUGGACCCUGACAAGCUCUUCGAAGACCUCGGUAUCCUGAGUGGCCCAUCGACUGCGAUGCCAACCCCUGGAGGGGAUCGAACACCGACAGUGCAGGAAUCCAACGGUAUAUACUGGACCAGAGAGCUUGGUAAAGGAAGCUUUGGGGUGGUCGACUACCUUUGGAAUGUUACCACUAGAGAGGAAUUUGCCAAGAAACGCCUUAAGUCCAAACGCAAAGGAGAAUUGGAACGAGAAGCCGACAUCCUGAAAACUAUAUCCCAUGACAACAUCGUUGCUUUCAAGUAUGCCACAUUCCAUGACGGACCAUCCCUUUAUUUUGAGUACGUUCCAGGAGGCGACCUGACCAAAGACCAAUACCAGAUUACGACAUCGUUUCAAAGGCGACAGAUCGCUUACCAGCUCCUCGAUGGCAUCUCGUACCUACAUGAGACCAAGUCAAUAGCACAUCGAGAUAUCAAGCCGGCGAAUAUACUGGUGCAACAUUGGAGUGCCGACAAGGUUCAUGUCAAGCUAAUCGACUUUGGUUUGUCAAAGCCAUCAGCAGACCUUCAGUCCUUCUGCGGUACUCGUUUGUACAUGGCUCCGGAGGUGUUUUGUACGCAUCUACAGAAUCGCACGAAGGGAACACAUGCCGCGAAAUACAGUCAACUGGUCGACAUUUGGUCUGUGGCUGUGCUUCUGUUCGAGCUGGAGCACAGAUCUCUACCAGAAUGGAGAUCAGAAUAUGAAUAUGCAGGUGAUCAUUGGGGGGAUAUCAUGGUCAACCGUUUCAAGAUACACCAGAGGGGCCACGAGAAAGAUCGGUUACAUAUCCUAAUAGCUCAAAUGCUAGUAGUAGAUCCGACGAAAAGGCCGUCUGCGCGAACAUGCUACGAAUUGGCACGUCCACUGGCCGUAUUAGGAGCCGAGGCUAUGGAAGGACAAGAAACCCCGAAUAAUGCUUGCAUGACACCUAGACCUGCAAAUCAACAAGCCUCCGAAGCCGAAAUCAGCGACUUCGAGCAUACUGAAAACACUACGAUCGAUGCGAAUGACAAUAAUGAAACAGUCCGAGGAUUGGGGAUGGGGUAUCCAAGAUUGUCUGGACCAACGUCGGACCUCCUUGCUGCUCUGGCCGGAGGCAACUCAGCCUCGUUCUUUGACUUGAACCCGUCAACGAUGUUUGAGUCUCAAGUGUCAAACUCUAAAACUACCACUAAGAAUACUUGCAAGACGUUACUUGUAGUCCCGCCAGUUGAUCGGAAGCGGUCGAGGCUGCAAGAGAUUCCAGACGCAGGUGAGUGUGCACCAGCCAAUCGAGAGUCAGACAGUAGGUGCGAGAAGCGAUCCAGAGUGUCGGAUCAACUUGUCCAAGACACACAUAGCUCUUGA